AUGGCUGCCAUUCCAUACGACGCUAUUCUGUCCUCAGGUAUGUUCAAGUGCCUGAUAGGGCCCGACAAAUCCGAGUUCAUCAUCCACAGCGCCCUCCUCGCCUCCCAGUCCAAGGUCCUCGAUCGGCUGGUAAAUGGCCAGAUGAAGGAGGCCCUCGAGGGCGAGGUCUACUGGGCCGAGGUGGAUACCGACACGUUCAUCCGGUUCAGCCAGUUCGCGUACACUGGAGACUACUACGAAGCCAAGUUCCAACCGCGGCAGGGUUCCGAGUGUUCGGCCUCGGCUGGCCAUACCUCGUCCCCUCCUUCAUUACCUCUCCAGUCCCAAGCCGUGCCGCACACGAACGAGGAGCCAAACACCGCCAACCCGCAUAUCUCCGCGCGCUCGGUGGCGACCAGGGCUCCAGCUCCAAGAUCGUGGUCUGGGAGAAAGAGGGUGGAGGAGACUGCGCUGAAGGAGAAGAAGAAUCUUCUCUGGGCCAAGUUCAAGUCCCUGCAUGCAGACACGGGGCUGGAAGGGCCGGUCCCGAUGAACGCGUCAGGCGAUGAUACAACGGAGCUGCUGCUGAGCCACGCUCGAGUGUAUGUCUUCGCCGAGUGCUACGACGUAGCGCCUCUGAGGCUGCUGUCGCUGCGAAAGCUGAGACAGACGUUGGAGCAUUUUCAGAUGUAUGACGAGGCUGUGUAUGAUGUGAUCCAGCUAAUCAACUACUGCUAUGAGAACACCAUGGCCCGUGCUGAUGGGGCGGAGGACAUGAGAUCGCUGUUGUGCAUGUUUACGGCUUGUCAUAUGGAGAAGCUCUGGAGCAACAAGGAGUUUCAAGAACUGGUUCAGACUUGUGGGGAGUUCUCUCAAGGACUCAUUACCCAGCUGCUGCAUCGGUUGGAUUGA